CACUGUCCUUCGUCGCAUACAUUCCACCAUCUUUUUCUCUUUGUGGGGUUCUUUGAGUGUCUGCUCGGCGCCCAUCAACAUGAUUCCUCGUCCAUUGACCAACCGAAAUACCGUGCUGCUGAUCUGUGACAUUCAGGAAAAGUUUCGUCAUGCGAUAUAUGGUUUCGACAGCGUCGUCCAUACGACUUUAAAAGUUCUGAAAUGUGCCAAACUUCUCGAAAUCCCUGCGAUUGUAUCGGAACAGAAUCCAAAAGCACUCGGCUCAACGGUCGAUACACUCGUUUCUGAGAUUCAAGCCUUACCAUCUCACUCUACAUUCUCAAAGACCAAAUUCUCCAUGAUCAUCCCUGAAGUGGAGGAAGAGCUCAAGAAAGCGAAAUACGAGAACGCCAUCAUCCUGGGUAUAGAAUCUCACGUCUGUGUCCUCCAGACGACAUUGGACCUCCUUCGAUCCAAUAUCUCCGUUUACGUCUUAGCGGACGGUAUCUCAUCAUGUAAUCGACAAGAAGUCCCCAUUGCAAUGGAUCGAAUGAGACAGGCCGGAGCAUACAUAACAACUUCAGAAUCCAUCCUGUUUGAACUCAUGAAUGACGCCAAGACAUCAGUAUUCAAACCGCUCUCCGCAAUCGCGUUUAACAAGGACGAAAAGGCCACUACGAGGGAGACUCUUGAGACCUUGUUAGAUGGAGGAGCCGUUCCGAAGUCGAGCCUAUAGCAACGAUCACAGAACCUGACAGAACC